AAGAAAUCCGCGAGAUAUAGAAUUCACGCGGGCCGAGAGUAGGCUGCUCCCGAAAGGACCAUCAACAAUCCGAUGCCGCACGCCGGCAAUCCGACAUCAGCUUUAGCUGCGAAAACAAGGCGGAGGCAGCAACUACCGGCCACCCUCAAAAAAUGGUGGCCGUGGUGGUUGCUGCUACCAGGAUGCUUGGCGUCGUGGACGCGAUACGUCGAGGAGUACGAUUCCAUUAGAGUGGCCAGGUGCGACGCCCGAUGCGGGGAAAAUCAACCUGACGAGUGCGUGGAAAAUUGCUUGGCGUCGAAUUACACAAAACCUGGUUAUUGCCCCGAGAGAAUGUCUAUGACGCCCUUCGAAGCCGCUUGCUUGAUCGCCUGCGUCGACGACUCCCGCUGUCCGGAUUUGGCCAAGUGCUGCUCCCACGAUUGCGGCAUCACGUGCAUGCAUCCCAUCGGUUUGGACAGUCGAAACGAUCUGCCACCUGUGCCCGAGAACCUACAGAUACAACAGCAAAAGAGAAAUCUGGUACUUCUGACGUGGCGCAACGGCAAGCCAAGCGGCGGUAACGUAUCCGCCAACAACAAGGACGGGGAUGUCCGGUAUCUGGUCGAGGAGCGUCAUCUGGUCGGCCCCAGGUACAUGGAAUCCAGAUUGAGUUCCUGGACUGUGUGUCACGUGUCAACGAAGCCGCACGCGACCCUCCGAGGUAGGCUGAAAACAGGACAUUGGUAUCAGUUUCGUGUGGCGGCCGUCAAUGGAAAUGGAUCGCGCGGAUAUUCGCAACCUUCCAGGCCCUUUAAAACGAAAGAACCGCGAAAUCCGAAGGAACCGCAGAACUUGACCUUGUCUAACGCGCGGCUCGUCGGUGGAAAGCUGCGUAUUAAUUUACGAUGGGUUAAACCGGUAUCGGACGUGCCGAUAUCGUUUUAUAAAGUGUUUUGGACCAGAUUUAUCCACGGACCAACAAACGAAUCUAUUCUCGUCUAUCACAGGACGAUUUUUAAAGAUAAGACCUGUUACGAACUGAAGAAUCUGGAGGUCAAAUGCCAGUAUUUCUUUCAAGUGCAGGCGGUGGCGAUGUACGGCGGUCGGCGUCUUACCUCGCGCAAGGCGUCCAAGGUCUUCAACAGCACCGAUUACAUGGCGUACGCCGACAUCGGGAGACGUUCUCGCAGGUGCGAGCGAACGCAGGCCGGCCUCCACGUGCGUCGCAUGAAUUGCCACUGUGGGGAAGUCAAGACGCGUUUAGUUUGGCCGACAAGCAGCGACGGUAGCAUGUAUAAUGUCACUUGGCAAGAAGAGUCCUGUUCACGCAAGAAAAACCCGGAACGUCGGCGGAAAUCCGUUGGUUGGAAGGUGGUUCAGACACCGCACUAUGAUUUGCGACAACUUCGAAACGACUGCAUGUAUAGCGUGAAUGUGCGAAACAUAUUGAAGAACGGCGAAAGUGUCGAUCAUGGGACCAGUAUAGAGUUCUUCGCAACCGGAUGUCAGGACGAUCAGAAGCAGCGGAAGUAUUCGCGGGGAAAAGUAACGCGAUGCAAAACAAAAUCGUCCAGAUACACAAAGCGGUUUUCCGGUUUAUUUGUGAUAAAUAAAUAAAUAACGAUAAAUAAAUUUUGGCAGGGUGUGCGCAAAGCAAACGAAUUGUAAGCUGUAAUUGUAAUAUCUAUAGCUUAUGAAUAAUAACGAUAAUUUCUUCAUAGCUUAUAAAUAUUAUUCUAGCAUCUUAUAAUUCAAUUGUGCGUUGUGUGGAACAGUUACAUAAACCGUAUUCGAUAAUGCGGUAUUGCAGAAACUUUUUAAUGUCAAAAUGUGUACAAUAAUUUUUCGAAGAAAGCACUGUAACUUCAUAGAUGCUUUUUUUUAUAAGAUUCUUUCAUAAUAAAGAUC